AAAUCUAAACGCUUCGUUGUCUGUAUUUACUCACCGUUUCUGGAUUUAUAUGGUUUUUGUGAGAUUUUCGAUUCUGGAUUACCUAACGUUUCAGAAUGAGAAAACAACGUAGCGGGGAAGAGAAGAAAUUGUUGAUUAAAGACGAGACAGGUGACCAUAUAGAUUGUGGCUCUCCGGCUGCGAAUCUUCACAAGAAGAGAAAGAGUGUAAUUUCUGACCAGACUGAUCCAAGUGCUGGUCGUGGGACAAAGAAGAGUAGAAGACAAGUGAAAGCCAUGGACCAAAUUACUAAUCCGGUUGAUUUGAUCUCGCAAUUGCCUACCCAUCUCACCCAUCAUAUUCUCUCGUUCCUACGGUGCAAGAAAGAUGCAGCUCGAACGAGUACCUUGUCCAAAAGGUGGAGAGAUACAUGGGCUUCUUACUCGAGCUUGGAAUUUGAUCAGCGCAAGUUUCAAAAGCAACUGAAAAAGGUACAUCAUCACUCUAAGAAACAAUAUCUAAAGAUUCAAAGGAAGACAAUAGGAGAAAGGUUCCGGAAAAAUGAGAUGUUUCGGGCUUUUGUUGAGAACGCCCUCCAGACCCGCAGUGAGCAAAAAACUAGCAUUGAGAAAUUCAGGCUUCAUUUAACCUAUUUUAGCUUAGAAUUAUCUGAUCAUAUAGAUAGGUGGAUAGACUUUGCAGCUACAUGCAACAUGAAAGAGUUAGAUCUUUUUAUUCCAAGCAAGAAUAUUAAGCGCUACCAUUUGCCUCAAAUUGUAUUUGCUGCUAGUACCUUAACAGCAUUAAGGAUUUCUGGCUGCGAGCUGAAAAUCUUAACUGACGUUAAUCUGUUCAAUCUGCAAAAACUCUGCUUUUCUAAACUUCACAUUGAUGAGCAGAUAAUUCAGCACCUGAUGCUUAGUUGCCCUUUAAUAGAUGACUUGAGGCUCAUUUUCUGCACUGGGCUGAAAACGUUACUUCUGUCAAGUGAUAAACUCGAAAGAGUUGAUGUACAUUUUUGCUAUGGUUUGAAGAAUGUUGAAGUUCUGUCACCAUAUCUUCAAAGUUUUUGGUAUCAUGGGAAUAAAUCUCAGCGCUGCAAAAUCAACUUAGCUAUGUGUAAAGAUCUAAAAAGGUUGCAUUUAGAGGAUGCUAACAUGAAAGAUGACCGGUUCCAAACUUUGCUAUCUAAUUUUACUGUCAUUGAACAAUUGAGUUUAAGCAAGUGUAACUCCUUGAAGCAUAUAACAAUUUCAAGUCAUCGGCUUAAGUCACUAGCUUUGAGAGAAUGUAGCUGGCUAGCGGAAACUGAUAUUGAUACUCCAAAUCUUCUUUCUUUUGAGUAUAAGGGUCAGCAUAUGCCAUUUUCUUCUUUGAACCCUACUCUUUUGGUGGAGGCAAAACUUCAUUUUGAAACCCCUGUAUUUCGGCUUGGUGAUGAUAGCAAGUUGUGGUUCUAUAAAUUGCUAAGUUUUCUUGGGAAGUUUGAUCGUUCUAAGGGCUUGAAAUUGAUUGUCUGUUCCGGAAAGAAUGUCAUUAUUCAUGAAGAUCUAAGAGAAAUGUUAGUUCCUGAGCACUUUGAACUCAAGCUUGAAAUUGUUAAAUCAUCAACUAGCUUGGACAGCCUAUUAGAUAAUUUGCUGCGGGCAUGGCCUCCAGAGACGCUAUCAGUGGUAUCAUCGACGACUAGUGAGUUUCCCGAGCAAUUACAUUGGAAGAUGGCGGAUAAAGAAAAGGAGCCAAGCUGCUGCAGUUAUAACUCUGUGAAUAAUAAAUGCUGGAAGCACUUUUUGAAGGAUAUUAGCAUCGAGAAUCUUCGUGAUACUGAAAAGAAAUCUGACUGGACUAACUGGCUCAAGUCAUCUGCACCUCUAGUGAACAAGAUGACUUGCUUUAGAUUAAACUGGAAGCGUAGACAGGAGUGAUCUAUCGGUUUGUUUGCUUUAGAUUAUGAUAUCGACUUUACUUACUACAAGUCGAUUCAUAUUUUUGGAACUCCAAGUUUACUACUGUUUAGUUUCUGUUGAUUAGACCUUUUAUCAGAUGUGUUUAUAAUUUUGAAAAACGUUUGCACAUAUUGCAAUCUCUUAUAAACAUCUAGCAUGUAUUCUUGUUUGCA